AUGGCCUCAGGUCGAGCCAGGGGAGGUUGGGACAUUAGGAAGAAUUCCUACAGGGAAGGAGUGGUGAAGCAUUGGAACAGGCUGCCCAGGGAAGUGGUGGAGGCACCGUCCCUGGCAGCAAGCAAGAAACGCAUCGAUGAGGCGCGUGGGGACACGGGGGCUCGCGGAUGGACUCUGAUCCUGAAGGUCUUCUCCAAUCGUAUUGUGGUAAACGGCCUGAUCAACAUCAGUAUUUCUACCAUUGAGAAGCGUUAUGAGCUGAACAGUUCCCUCACUGGCCUCAUUUCUGCGAGCUAUGACAUUGCUUUCUGUGUAUUGUCACUGUUCAUAUCCUUCUUUGGAGAAAGAGGGCACAAACCACGGUGGCUUGCUUUCUCAGCAUUUAUGAUGGGGUUGGGCUCACUUGUAUUUGCCUUGCCACACUUCAGUAGUGGAAAAUAUCACUAUGGAUCUAAACUUGAAGAUACAUGCCAAAUUCCAGGAACAACCUCCACUAACUCUACCUGCAGUGCCAGCACAAAGUCUUCCCUCUCCAACUACCUCUAUGUGUUCAUCCUGGCCCAGCUGUUGCUGGGAGUUGGAGGAACACCACUGUACACUUUGGGGACAGCUUUUAUUGAUGACAGUGUCCCAAAACACAAAUCUUCCCUUUACAUAAGAAUUGGCUAUGCCAUGUCACUGCUGGGCCCUGCUGUUGGUUAUGUCUUAGGAGGGCAGCUACUUAAUAUUUAUAUUGAUAUCCAGAUUCCAGAAAGUACAAAGCUGGAUCACGAUGACCCACGUUGGCUUGGGGCAUGGUGGAUAGCAUUUCUUGCAUGCUUUUUUGCAAUUUGGCUUCUGAUAAUACCGUUUUCAUGCUUUCCAAAGCACCUGCCAGGCACAGCAAAAAUAUAAGCUGAAAAAAUCUCUGAGACCCAUAAUGAUGGAAGCGAAGCACUUGUUAAAAUCAAGAACAUUGGAAAAAGCUUUAAAGACUUUCCUGUGGCUCUCAUGAUACUCUUGAAGAAUCCUGUGCUCAUGAGUCUAAUAAUAGCAAGCUCUUCAGAAGCUUUAAUUGCCACAGGUUCCACACCCAAGUUCAUAGAAAAUCAGUUUGGACAGACAUCAAGUUUUUCAGCAACUCUAGGAGGACUUGUAUUAAUUCCAGCAGCAGCACUAGGCCAAAUCAUAAGUGGCUUCUUGGUUUCCAAGUGCAAAAUGGAUUGCAAAAGCAUAAUCAAGUUUGUGAUAGGCACUUGUUCAGUGGCACUGCUAUUAAACACAGUGUUUUUAUUUGCUAAAUGUGGGAAUGAACCAUUCGCAGGUGUCUCUGAAACAUAUAAUGGGACAGGCAUGUUACAUAACCUAACAGCACCCUGCAAUGCUGACUGCAGAUGCUUGCACUCCAUGUAUUACCCAGUCUGUGGCAGAGAUGAGGUCCAGUAUUUUUCUCCCUGUUUUGCAGGAUGUACUGCACACUUUUCCAACAGCAACAAAAAGACUUUCUACAACUGUUCCUAUAUUGGGAAACUAGAAAAAGAAAAUAAUUCAGAGGACUUUCUGUAUGAAGCUAUCCCUGGGAAAUCUCCAGUACAAUGCAAACUUUUGCCUUUAUUUCUGACAUUCUUCUUCUUUGCUGUUGUAUUUACCUUUAUGGCUGUUACUCCAACCACUGUGGCCAUUCUCAUGUAUGUGCCAGAUAAACAGUGCUCAUUUGCCCUUGGAGUCCAGUCAGUAUUUCUAUGCCUGCUGGGUACUAUUCCUGGACCAAUAUUGUUUGGUGUGGCAAUAGACAACAGUUGUUCUCUAUGGGAUAUUAAUGAAUGUAAAACUAAAGGAGCCUGUUGGGUUUAUGAUAAUGAAAGAAUGGCCUAUCUGCUGAUGGGUAUAAGUGCUAUUUGUAAAAUCAUCACGAUCGUCUUUGUUAUCAUGACAGUCAGCUUGUAUAAGCCUCCACCAGCAAGUUCAGCCCUGUCACAGGAUUCAGAAAUGCUAUCUGCUGUGUGCACAUAA